AUGCGCAGGCGUACGUCCUCGGCCUGUGAUUGGCGGGCAGCGGGCGGGGCGGGCUUGCUCUCUCGGCGCACGCUCUGUGGUCCGAGAGGGCGAGUCCGCCGGUGUCAGUUGGUCCGCUCAGAAGCUGAGGCAUCCACCGGAUCGUCCCACGCCCUCCUGGCGCCUCAGGCUAAAGGCUAUCCAUCGAAGAUUUUAUAUCCAAGGCCCAAAAGUUUAUACCCAAGGCCCAAGAUGAUGAAUGCUGACAUGGAUGCAGUUGAUGCUGAAAAUCAGGUGGAACUGGAGGAAAAAACACGACUUAUUAAUCAAGUGUUGGAACUCCAGCACACACUUGAAGAUCUUUCUGCAAGAGUAGAUGCAGUUAAGGAAGAAAAUCUGAAGUUAAAAUCCGAAAACCAGGUUCUUGGACAAUAUAUAGAAAACCUCAUGUCUGCUUCUAGUGUUUUUCAGACAACUGACACAAAAAGCAAAAGAAAGUAAGGGAUUGAUUUCCCUUCUGUUUUAUGGAAUUGCUGCUGAUUUUGUUCUUUAAACUUGGAUAGAUUCCAAAAGUUACAGUACUUUGUGGCUUCAUUGAAUAUUUAUGAAGAUAUUGUCAGACCUAGCAAAAUUAACUGCAUAACAGAAGACUUCCAUGAAUUUGUGUAUUGUUAGUCUAAAAAUGUGCGAAUGUAUUGUAGAGACUUUAUAAUUAGAAUUGCAUAUAUUUAUGAAACUUGAAGAUGUUUUAUCAAAUUUGCUUUGAUAUCUAGGUUUAGCACUGUCUUUUAUUAUAGGCUUGGUAAGAUAUACAGGAAAUAACCAUGUUGUGAAAAAGUGACCAAAAUCAUAUACUGAAUGCACAGCUUUAUGUACCGUGUCCACCAUCGUGUGCCUCUUCUCCAUUUGCCUCUUCUUCUCUACUUUGCUUUCCUAGGAAAAACAGUGGUUUCACAUUUGUAAAAUUACUUUGACUAGUUAAUCCCUGUAAGAGUAACCUGAGCUCUAAUUCUUGCGACUUAACCAAAAUAAGAUACUUUGUCAGUUAGGGAUAGUCAUUUGUGAUAGUAGUAGGAUUGCUGGUUUCUCUUUAAUCAUUUUAAAACAGAUUAAUUCUAUAAAGUAAAGAUUUUUCUUUAAAACAUUGGGAAGAUUUUUAAAAACUUCCUUUUGCACAAAAUAACCCAGUUAUCUGAAAAGGUAAGUAGUCUAAUUGUGUUAAAAGUUAAAAAAAAAAUCCUUGAGAAAGUACAGAAACAGGGUAGAAAAUAACUCAAUAAAAAGUGUUAACCAAUUCCAGAUGUUUUCAUUCCAAGUUUGUUUUCUCUAGCACAGAGUAGGUCUUUUAAGAAUUAUGUUGGAAAGUAGGUUAAGUUUGGCCUUUUGUAAGCCAGGCCACAUGUUAGAAAGGCCAGUUAUGUCUCAAGAUUUAUUUGUAAUCCCUAGUAGAUCAACUUCUGCAGAAUUCUUUUGAGUGUAUUAGUGUCAGUCAUGAAUAAGUGGGAAGAUUUUACUCUGAUAAUUGCCAACCUUAUUCAGUAUUUUAUCUCAUGUAUUCUUCCAGAAUUUUCUGUAAAUUGAACUACUUGUUUUGUGGAGUUUUGGUCAUUAAAAGUUUUUAAAAAUUUA